CAACCACAACACAAACACAAACACAAACACCAUAACCACCACAAUGGCUCUCGACGACAUACCCGUAGCGCAAGCCGUCACGGUCACCCUGCAAGACCUAAUCGACGGAACCAUCCCCCCCUCAACCCUAACAGAAGCCUUCGGCCCCUCCUCCCUAGGCAUAAUCCUCGUCAAGAACCUCCCGCCAACCUUCCCCCACCUACGCGCGCAAGUCCUCUCCAACGCCUCAUACCUCGCCUCGCUGCCCCCCUCCACGCUGGACUCCCUCACCUGCGCCUCCGCAAAAUACCUCAUCGGCUGGUCCCUAGGCAAAGAAACCCUCCGCGACGGACACUACGACACACACAAAGGCUCCUACUACCUGAACUGCGCGUUCUACAACGACCCGUCCCUGCAAGGCGCGCCGUCCAUCGACGCAGAAUUCCCCGAAUACACCUCCCCCAAUAUCUGGCCGAGCGAGACAGAUCUCCCCACCUUCCGGAGCAGCUUCGAGCAGCUCUGCACGCUGAUUAUUGAUACGGCGGCGUUGGUGGCGCGCGCGUGUGAUCGCUUUGCGGUGGAAAGUGUCGAUGGGUAUAAGGCGGGGUAUUUGGAGAAGGUCGUGAGGGGGAGUUUUACCACUAAGGCGAGGUUGUUGCAUUAUUUUCCCACUGAAGGUUCUUCUUCGGAGGGAGGGGAAAAAGAAGAAAGUGAGGGUGGUGAUGAUGACGACUGGUGCGCAACGCACCUCGACCACGGAUGUCUAACGGGUCUUACGUCCGCGAUGUUCGUCGAUGAGGAGGCGCAUGAUCCCUCCUCCUCCACUUUGGAAGAUAAAUCCUCACCCCUGCCGGAACUCAUGACCUCGCCGGAUCCUAAGGCCGGGUUGUAUAUCCGCUCUAGGACGGGCCAGGUCGUCAAGGUCAAUAUACCGAAGGAUUGUCUUGCGUUUCAGACGGGUGAGGCGCUGCAGCUUAUUACGAGGGGGCAGUUCCGUGCUGUGCCGCAUUUCGUGAAGGGUGCGAGAGGGGUCGGGAAGGUGGCGAGGAAUACGUUGGCGGUGUUUACGCAGCCGAAUCUGGAGGAGGAGGUACGAGAUGGGGUUACGUUUGGGGAUUUUGCUAGGGGCGUGGUGGAGAAGACGUCGAAGUAGGAUGCCAUGUCAUUAUUUGAUGGGUGUGGGGUGUGUAGUUUGUUUGUAUAGCUU